AUGGCUACCACCACAAUACUCCGCUCGACAAGAGUUUUACUAUCACGAAAACCCCAAAUCACCUUCACUCAAUCACGCCGAAAUCUUUCUUCCUAUCUCGUAACGCCGCAGGAGUUGUCGCAUGCACUGAAGAAGAGCCCACCAUCGCCUAUCAAUUCCGAUCCUCGAGUAAUACCACUAUGUGCCUCCUGGUUCUUACCAAAUGACGAGCGAAAGGGUAUCGAGCAAUUCCGCGAAACGCGAAUACCAAGAGCUCGUUUCUUUGACCUUGACAAGGUCAUAGACAAACGAAGUCCCUACCCCCACAUGCUUCCAAGUCCCCAAACUUUUGCCGAAGCAAUGAGUUCCCUAGGUAUUCGCAAGGAGGACACCGUCGUUGUCUAUGAUUCAAAGGAUUUAGGCAUCUUCAGCGCACCGCGAGUGGGCUGGAUGCUCAAGGUCUUUGGCCACUCCAAGGUGCAUAUCCUGAACAACUUCAAGAUCUGGGUCGCAGAAGGUCUUCCGACAGAGUCAGGGGAACUAUACAGUGUGGAGUGCAACCCUUACCCAAUUCCUAAAUUGGACGAGUCCAAGGUUGCAACCUUUGAGCAGGUGCGAGAGGUUGUAUUGGAUCAUAACAAAGAGGGCGCCGAAGGUGUUCAGAUUCUUGACGCCAGACCUUAUGGUAGAUUUACUGGCAAGGAUCCCGAGCCUCGAGAAGGGCUAUCGUCCGGUCAUAUGCCAGGCUCGAUCAGUAUUCCAUUCAGCGCAGUUCUCGAUCCGAAGACGAAGGCUUUCUUGCCAAAGGAAGAACUGAAGAAGCUGUUCGAGGAGAAAGGGGUAGAUCCAUCGAAGCCCAUUAUCUCAAGUUGUGGCACUGGAGUGACAGCAGUUGUAAUUGAUGCUGCUCUCGAAGAGGCAGGCUAUGGCUCUCCUGAAACUCGGCGAGUAUAUGAUGGUAGUUGGACAGAAUGGGCACAACGUGUUCACCCUCCAGAAUCCUUAAUUGUUCAAGGCGAAUAA